CCAGAUGUUCCACUUGCUGGCGUCCGGGCCGCGGGUGAUCUACGGUAGCACUCGGGCCGGCGGACAGUGAGGGCGCGGUAAGCUCCCUGCAAGGAGCCCCUGAGAAGCUGGUCCUUUUUUGUCCUAGAUAUAGGGGCGUCCAAGAUGGUGGAGUCUUUAGGGUCGAAUAUGAUCCGAGGCAGGCUCAUAUUCAGGUUUGGGACAAGAAGCAUUAAUUGACCCUUAAUUUUUUCGGUGGAACGGAAAACUUUGGUAAAAUAGCUUCUGACCUUCGGAACAGAUGUAUUCACCUUGGAGAGGAAAAAUCUCUUUCUAGAAGAGUCUUGAGGUCUAGCACCUUUAGACUUAACGGGGGACGGCUGGGCGUCAGAGGAAGAAAUCAUUCCGAAUGACUUCCCUUUCUUCCUAAAUCCUUCUUUCCAAAUCUGUAAAAGACUACAUCUAUUUUGCUGGAGGUGGUUUGACACUCAUGCUCCUUGAGAAGGAGGGUCUUGCUGUGUUGCCCAGGCCAGAGUGCAGUGGCGUGAUCAGGUGAUCCUCCCACCUCAGCCUCCCAAGUAGGAUGUGAGGGCAAUCUGGCUGUGACGUCCCUCACCCCAUUGAUCACCAGGGUUGAUCCGGCUGAUCUGGCUGGCUAGGCCAGUGUCUCCUUCCUCCCUCACUGCUCCAUGUAUGUCCCUCCGGAAGCUGCACACUCAGUCGAAGAGAACAACCAUCCCCAAUAGAGGAGGACUAGUCUUCAGUCAAGGACAGCAAGGGAGGUGUCACAGUUUUCCAUUUAGAUCAACAACUUCAAGUUCUUACCAUGGAAAAUUCCGAGAAGACUGAAGUGGUUCUCCUUGCUUGUGGUUCCUUCAAUCCCAUCACCAACAUGCACCUCAGGUUGUUUGAGCUGGCCAAGGACUACAUGAAUGGAACAGGAAGAUACACAGUUGUCAAAGGCAUCAUCUCUCCUGUUGGUGAUGCCUACAAGAAGAAAGGACUCAUUCCUGCGUAUCACCGGGUCAUCAUGGCAGAACUUGCCACCAAGAAUUCCAAAUGGGUGGAAGUCGAUACAUGGGAAAGUCUUCAGAAGGAGUGGAAAGAGACUCUUAAGGUGCUAAGACACCAUCAAGAGAAAUUGGAGGCUAGUAACUGUGAUCACCCGCAGAACUCACCUACGCUAGAAAGGCUUGGAAGGAAGAGGAAGUGGACUGAAAAACACGAUUCUAGUCAAAAGAAAUCCCUAGAGCCAAAAACAAAAGCGGUGCCAAAGGUCAAGCUGCUGUGUGGGGCAGAUUUAUUGGAGUCCUUUGCUGUUCCCAAUUUGUGGAAGAGUGAAGACAUCACCCAAAUCGUGGCCAACUAUGGGCUCAUAUGUGUUACUCGGGCUGGAAAUGAUGCUCAGAAAUUUAUCUAUGAAUCGGAUGUGCUGUGGAAACACCAGAGCAACAUUCACGUGGUGAAUGAAUGGAUCACUAAUGACAUCUCAUCCACAAAAAUCCGGAGAGCCCUCAGAAGGGGCCAGAGCAUUCGCUACUUAGUACCAGAUCUUGUCCAAGAAUACAUUGAAAAGCAUAAUUUGUACAGCUCUGAGAGUGAAGACAGGAAUGCUGGGGUCAUCCUGGCCCCUUUGCAGAGAAACACUGCAGAAGCUAAGACAUAGGAAUUCUACAGCAUGAUAUUUUGUACUUCCCAUUUGGGGAUCUGAAACGAUCUGGGUGUUACUAACUGGGGAAAGAAGUUGUGAUCUGUUGCCUAAACUAAAGCUUAAAAGUUUAGUAAAAAUCAUCUGGGCUCAGUG